AUGAGCUUUUUAGUGUCAGACGAAGAAGCUACAAGUGCACCCGAGAGCAAGUCUGCGAAGAAACAUCUGGAAAAUCUACAGAAAUUGAAGGAAACUGACCCAGAAUUCUACAAAUUUCUCCAAGAGCAGGAUGCAGACCUUUUGGAAUUUCAUGCAUCUGAUGAAGAGGAAGAGGAAGCUGAGGAUGAGGAAGAAGUUGAUGAUGAAAUGGAACUUGAUGAAGAGAAGGAGGAAAUGAUAAAGAAACCGGCUAAAGAAUCCCGUAUCCCAAAAGCGAAGAAGGAUACUAGUGGACGAUUGGUGUUUGAUGGUAUGAUGUUGAAU